CCGCAGUGAAGGAGAGGGCGAAGGGCGGUGAGCAGUGGGCUGCCUGGGUGGGGGCUGCGGAGGUACCGUGGGGCCCCCAAUCGGGUCCAGGUGGCCGGAGGACGAGGAGGAGGAGGAGGGCAUCCCUCACUCCAGCUGAGAGCUAGCGGGCGUCCUUGGCUGCACCUGAAGGACGGGGACAAGGACCAGACGGGGUUCCGGAUCCGGGCGGUGAGGGGGCAGUCUGGAUGGAAGGAUUGCGGGGAGGGGAAAUGACUGCUGGUUCAGUGUGUGUCCCUCAAAUCAUACCCCUGCGGGUGCCUCAGCCAGGAAAAGCCAACCAUGAAAUUGAUAACAAUACGCUUUUGGAAAUGAAAUCAGACACCCCAGAUGUCAACAUAUAUUAUACCCUGGAUGGCAGCAAACCUGAAUUCUUAAAGAAAAUUGGUUAUGGUGAAAAUACUACCUUUAAGUAUACGAAGCCUAUUACUCUGCCUGAUGGAAAAAUACAAGUUAAAGCUAUUGCAGUCUCUAAAGACUGCAGACAGAGCGCCAUCGUAACGAAGGUGUUUCAGGUGGACUAUGUUCCACCAGAUGCAGUCUCUUCAGAAGACAACGUGGAAAGUGUCCUCAAAGAUCCUCCAAAGCAGGAACUGAAGAAUGGAUUUGUUGAAUCAAAAGGAAGGAAGAAAUACAAGAAUGUUGAAAAUAAACUGGACUGGAGUGUUAACCUUGGAAAGUUCCCAGACGUGGGUGAAAGAACUGACCCUAAAACUUUGAAAGAUCUUCGCUUCUCAGAGAGUCCACGGGAAACCCCAGCUUUCCGUGAAGAAUCAGGCUCUAGACCAGCCACCCAGCAGCCCCAGUUCCCUGGUUUUGCACAUAUAACCGGCCAGAAGAGUUUGACAAGCACGGAGGUCAUGAGGAUUCAAAGGGAGACAGACUUUCUCAAGUGUGCCCACUGCCUCGUGCCCCGCCCAUCUGACCCCUUUGCCCGCUACUGUCUAGAAUGUGGCUCUUCGGUCCCGCCCAUCUUCGGCUGUCGUCUCCCACCCCCAGAAGGAGCUCAGAUGGGCUUAUGUGCAGAAUGUGAAAACCUGGUGCCCAUGAACACGCCCAUCUGUGUGGUCUGUGAGGCCCCUCUCGCCCCACAGCUGCAGCCACAGGCCAGCCUCCGCCUGAAGGAGAAAGUGAUCUGCCGCACCUGCGGCACAGGGAACCCUGCUCCCCUGAGAUACUGUGUCACCUGUGAGGGGCCCCUGCCUUCAUCGCAAGAGCCCGGAGUUCCGACUUGCUACUCUCUUUGCUCUAAAUGUGGGGCCAGCAAUCACCCCUCCGCCCGAUUCUGUGGCUCCUGCGGUGUUCAUGUGAAGUCCUUGGCGAGACCUAGCGUGGAGAACAGCCUGCCGCCCGCUGCUGGAGAACCUGGCCCUUUUGCUGAGCCUCGAUCUGCCUGGCAGCCCCUACAUGUUCCUUUGCCAAGGUCUGAUGCUGGGCCUAAGAAGGAUGUGGGCACACAGACCACUGGCCUGUUCUACCCAUCCGGGACGCUGCUGGCGAAAAAAGAACUGGAAAUGGCUUCUCAGAAGCAGAGGCAGGAGAAGAUGAGUGACCAUAAACCUCUCCUCACAGCCAUCAGCCCAGGGAGAGGAUACUGGAGAAAACAGGUGGACCACAUCUCCGCUCACCUCCGCUGUUACGCUCAGAACAACCCUGAAUUUCGGGCCUUGAUUGCCGAGCCCAGGAUGGGAAAGCUCAUCUCUGCUGCUGUCCAUGAGGAUGGCUAUGAAGUUAGCAUCAGGCUGAAUUAUAUUCAAGUCUCAAACAAGAACCUUUACCUGAACAAGGCGGUGAAUUUCAGCGACCACUUUCUGAGCAGCGUCACCGAGGGAGGAAACGGGCUGUUCGGCAGCGGGUCCAGCCUGGCGAGCGACUACAGCCAGAGCAUCCCAGACACCGCGGAGAAAGUCACGAGAACCAAGAAUUUCAAGACCAAAACAUUUCAGGAGAAGAAGCCGCAGCUUACGCCUGAAAAUAGGCUUCUGCUGAAGGAAGUGGGACCAGCAGGGGAAGGAAGAGUGUCUGUGAUGGAACAGCUGCUCGAUGAAGGAGCAGAUCCCAACUGCAGUGACAACGAAGACCGGCCUGUCCUGAGCCUGGCGGUCGUGAAUAAGCACCACGAAGCGGUCCCGGUGCUCGUGCAGAGGGGAGCGGAUGUGGACCAGCAGUGGGGCCCCCACAACUCCCACCUUCCAUCACUCCUGCCACCUCUAGGCAGGAGCCUUUCAUCAGUUCUAGAAUGCAGGUACCACCCCAUCCUCCACUGCAGCAUCCACAGCUCCCUCACGGGGCCAAAGCUGACCAGGCUCCAAAACACAGCUCUUCAUGAAGCAGCUCUGCUUGGCCUGGCAGGAAGGGAGUGCAUCGCUGCCUUACUGGGAUGCAACGCAAGCGUCCAGAAGAAGAAUGCAAGAGGCCAGACAGCGUACGACCUGGCCCUGGAAACUGGGGACGAGCCCGUCACUUCGCUCUUUGCUGCUAAGCUCAGCCUGGAUGACCGUUAGCCCCCAGGGCCCCGCAGGCGUCGUUUAAAGAAACCAUCCAGCUCUGGCUGUGCUUCACUCGCUUCCCUCUGAAAUGUGCAUUUGAGGUUUGGAAAUUGAGCUUGAGAGGCACUCAUGUAAGGUUUUAAAAAGUUACGUGACAAUAUAAGCUGCCAACACCCUGUGAGUAUUUCCCCAGAAGCCCUGGAUAGUGGUGAACUUGCUGGAUGCUUUUAGUGGUGUGUCGCUGCUUGCCUUAGAAAUUCCUCUUUCAUGUUAUUUCUCAGUAGAUAAUAAUUACACACAGUUCUAAGCUAAAAAGUAUAAAAUAUUGUGUAGUGACAUCUCCCUCCCUUCCCUGCCCCACAACUACCACGUCCCCUCCAUAGAGUCCACCAGUGACGUCAGUGUCCGUUGCGUCUUUCCAGAAGUCGUGUAGGGUUAUAUAAACACGUGUACGUAGUUUGUGUGUGUGUUCGUGUAGAGUACACGUAAAAUAUAAGUAGAGGUAACACACAUAUACUCUGUCCCCUCUUCCAAGACAAAUAGUGGGAAAGCACAUACUGUUCUGCAUGUUGUUUGCUUAAUAUAUCUAGUAAGUGGUUCCAAAUGAGUGCAUAAAGAUUGAGCUUAUUAGAACUUCCCCUUGUUAAGCUGAACGCAUCAGUACUCCCUAUCGUAUGGCUUGUUCUUUGGCUGACAAGUAAGCUUCGAAUAAAGCAACU